AUGCUGGUCGAUGGCUUCUGCCGCUCUGGGCGCCCGACUUUGUGGGAGUGGAGGACUGCGAAGAACGCAGCUUUGCUUCAGCAAGUCCAGCACCUCAGUUUGGAGUUGAAGCAUGCCCAGAAAAAUCAAGAAGAAUCCGGGGACCAGAUCUCGGCUCUCCAAUCAGAGCUUGCAAGUUGUAAGAAUCAGGUCAAUCAACAGGAAGAAGAGAAAGUCCUCAUGGAGGAGGAGAUGGAAUCUGUCAGACAGUCGAAGGAAGAGCUUUCUUCUAUAGCAGCUGAGAGCCACCAAAGGCUGGCAGCUCUUUUAGAAAAGCUGCAUCUUCUGGAAGAGGAGGAAAAGUCCCAAGCUAACCACAUCCGGGCUCUGGAGGACAAGUUGCUGGAAGAGAAGGAGAAACACCUUCUCGAACGAACGGAGGAGCUGCAAGGCCAGGAGGAGACCAAGAAAGCUCUGCAGGCAAGCUGUGAAAAUCUCAGGGAAUCUCAGGUCCAAUUACAGGAGGAGAAAGGUCUUCUGCAGGUUCACUGCCAGGACCUUGAAAGGCAAGCUGAAGAGUUGGGCAAGCGAUUGGACGAGCAACAGUCCAUCUCCCAAGACUGGAGAAACCGAUGGGAGGAAGGAAAUGCCGCUUUGAAGACCAAGGAAGAAGAGCUGGAGAAAAUGAAUGCCCAGAGCCAGGCUCUUCAAGCCAAGAACGCAGAAUGGAGUUUGGAGAAGCAGAGGCUGCAGCAACUGGUCCAUGCUUUGGAGGAGCAACUUACCGAAAAGGACCAAGCCUUGAGAGAUCUCAGGAUGACCAAAGAUGUAGACAGAACUGUGUUGGAGACGAGAACUUCCUCAGAGACGAAGAUAACAAGACAAGGUCUGGGGACCUUUUGUGAGAAGGGGCGUCCUAGUGGCCUGGAGGCAAAGAUUGUUGGGAAUCAGCUGGAAGGUCUCAGGCUACAACAUCAUUCAGUGACUGAGCAGCUGAAGGAACUGUUCAGACAGAGGCAACAGCAGCAAGCAGGAGCCAGGAAGCAUCAGGACGGGGGACUCAAGGAAAAGAGCUCAAUGGCACCUCAGAAUGUUCCACGAGUGCUGGGACGCCUCGGAGUUUCACCAGAAGAAAGACAUUGGGAAGCUGGAGACACCUCCAAAAGGGAGGAAGAAGAAGAGAGCCUUCGGCAGCAGCUGAAAGCAAAAACCGAUGUGAUUUCCACCAUGGCCUGUGAAAUUCAAACUUUGAAAGAGAAAAAUGAGAACUUAAUGCAAGCCAAACUGAGAUUCCAGGAGCAGAUUCAGGAGAUCCGCCAGCUUUCAAAGCGACCGUCGGCAAAGAGUCACAAGGAAAUGCAGGUUCCAAGACUUCCCACCAGCCCCGCAGAUGAUGUGCAAACUACUUAUUGCCAUGAGAUUCUGGAGGUUCCCUCACGGAAGGAUGAAGCUCCAUCCUCUUCCCAACACGCAGAGAUACAGGAGCCGUUCGAAGCCUGCGCUGUGGGGCAGCCAAGUGACGCCCCUUCGAGUAUCGGGAUGGUGCAAAAGGCCUCCUUGCUUCUACCUUCCGGCGCAUCUCAUCAACCACACGGGAUCUCCUCCGAUACAUCUUCAGCAUUGGACAAGCUUUUAUUAGCCCCCGUGGCUUCUCCAAUCGUCCCCCUAAAGCAUGUGGAGGAUGAAGCUUUACUCAGACCCUGGAGCCCAGGGCUUUUGUCCCCCAAGCCUUUUGGGGCUCCAAGACCAUGGUCCCCUUUUCGAGAGAGGGCCGAAUCGCCGGAGAACAGAAGAGGAGUGUAGCAACCAAGGUUGGUUCGUGGGGACAGAAGAAACAUCAGCCCGGGGAUCUGACCUUAG